AACGCAGGGCCAAGCCCACCAGCACCCGGCUCUCCUGCGUGCAAACACACUGCCGCAGCCUCCGCCGUCUCUCCCGUCCCGGCGCCGCAGAGAGCUCCGCUGUCGUCGAUACAGCGCGGCGCGGUUUCCUUCCCAUCUUUGCUUGUGUUGGCGUGCAGACGAAGUUGUCGCACACGGCAGGCCCAUGAUUAACACCUUCUGGAAUCUGUGUCGCGCCUGCCCCAUACCGGCAGAGAGCAAGUUGCACGCUGAGUACAAGAGGAGCUUUGCGUGGCAGCCAGGUCAUCCAGAACCAGCGGGAAAUGUCGUCGUGAAGCCACCAGAUGCAACUUCACUGGAACCAGCACUCACAAGGAAGAAGAAGCACCCGGAGGUAGCAUAUCGGACGAGCGACAUCUUGGGCACCGACGGGAGUCACCAUCAGGCGGCGGCUGCGGGAUCAGCCGAAGCAGUUACCCGUGACAGCAACGACCACUGCUACAGGGCAAGGCCCGGCGAGCGGUCGGACAAAUCCAAGGUGGGCUCCCGAAGCAGAUCUGCAGACCCCAGCCUUGGCCGUGGCAGGCCUGUCAUGAGCAAAGAAGAGUGUUGUGCGGAAGGCCCCAUGAAUGGGGGUUGUGAUGGCACCAGCCCAGAGAGCCAUGGUGAUGAGGCUCCUUGUAAGACAAGCGAGUACAGGGCUGCCUUUGCCUGGCCACCCAAGCCUUCUCUGCCUCCGGCCACCAGGGAUGUCAUCGAUGGCCCACACCGAGCUGAGCCCAUGGAGAGGUUGUUGCCUCGAGACGACACCUCCCAUGAAGUCAAAAAAACGACCAAUAGAACAGAAUACAAGGCUAAGUUCAAGCCUUUCUCAUCCUACAUGUACAUCGAUGGCAGCUGGAAGAAGCCAAGGGCAAUUAUGCCAGAUGCUCCCCCCAUGGUGGACCCAAACCAGUGGUACACUGAGGUGGUGGAGCGACUGCACAUGGCUGAUGAAUACCGCAGCCGGUCACGUGCUGGCGCGCUACAGACAAUGGGACCGACUGCAUCGCACAGGACGACCACACUGUGGGCCAAACUGGACUCCAGUGCAAGCCUCGCUGCCUUGGCUCUAGCACACACGCCAAGGCUAAGCUCUGCAAAGACACCUUCUCGGGAACGACCUACUCCAGCUUCUCUUCAUCGAUCUCAGUCUGCUAAGAGGAGAGAGAAGACAGAUGCUGAGGCUGGCCGCUCUACCGAUUCUUCCGAGAAGAAGAGCCCGACAAAAGCAGUGUCUCCAGUCAAAGCCGAAGCAGGUAAUCAACGCAAGGCUUCUCCGGCAGCCAAGACUGCAGCUCGGCAAAAACAGACGUCACCGAAAACACCAGCAAGGCAUGACGAAGAUGGAGCAAAGACAACUGCUUCUUCGCGAGCUAGGGCUGCUUCAUCCCCACCCCAAAGGCGCACACCACUAGCUGAGGCUGACAAAAAGGACGAUAAGAAGACAGGGACUUCAAGACCCCGGCGUCCACUGCAAGAGAGUGCUGCACCCCCUGCUGCGAAACCCCGGGCUGUGGUCCGGCCAGCGUCGGCUGCUGUCAAUGAGCAAGAUGGCAAGAUCUGGCUCAAGCCACAGGGCAAGCCGGAGGGAGAGGAAGCGGCCGGCAAAGAGCAAGAUGGAAUAGGCAAGGCGGAGGAUGCUGGCGGUGGCGAGGACGGUGUGCUGGUGCCCCCGGCAACGACACCGGCCGAGAGUGUGGAGGCAGCCACUCCCGGGUCUGGCUCAGAGCGCAAGUCAGAUGCAGUGCGCCCCAGCAGCCUGCCACCCAUGAAUGGCUCCAGUGCCAGCUCUUCGGCCCUGGCUUCAGCCGACAUGGCCAGCCCGUCGCCACUGCCAGAACCUCAAUCUGGGCCUGUGCCGUUGACUACAGUCAAGUCACCUGAGGAAGUGACCGGGGUGAAGUCACCAGACCCAGAAACUUGGACGGUUCCUCUGGACACUGGCCGAGGCCUCGAGUGGACUGACGGCCAGUCACCAGCUGGUGACUGGCCAGGGAAAGCGAAGGGCACCACUGCACCCAUCAUCGACACUGCCCCAAAGCCAACGUCUGCACCUAAAACAGAGUCUACCAUACCUGAGGGCAAGGUGGACCCAAUACCUAAGGCAGCGUUCGAGGAAUCCCCUCACAAGGGAGCUCCGGAAGAUCCGGUGAAGCCGCAGCCUGCCGGUCAGGCAGGUGUGGACGUCCUUGACAAGGCCCGAAAUCGCCUCGAAGAGUUUUGGGUCACGGGAAAGUGAGAUGGCAUUGCGCGCCAGAAAGUCCACCUCUGGAGGCAGCACAGUUGCCUACCCGUGGGGUGAGAGCGCAAAGAGAAAAAAAUGCAGCGCGGCAUAGCCGAGGUGCACACUGGGAAGCCGGGGUUUGGUUUCCAAGACAAGUUCUUGGGUAGCCUGCUUAGCCUAGCUUUGUCUUCCGUCAAUUUCUCUCCAAUCCUCUCCCCUUUCUUUGUGUGUGAUUAUUGGACUAGCUUCGCCUUACCACUAGGGACAUGCAUUACUAUAUUGUUAUCAAAAGGGUAGGCACGUCACACUGAUGACACAAAUGCUACAGUUUGCAUCUUUUGGGGCAUAUCUCGGCCGUUAAACAAUAACCGUCAUCUAUGACGCAUUUCUUUCCUUGUCAAUUCCCUCUUUUUGCCUUGUUGCUUGCUAUCUCACACCGGUAACAUGCAGGCGAUUCUCGACUAGAAAAUAUCAAGCAUGCAGCGUUGAGGAAAGACAAAUAGUAUAGAUGAUGGUGUUGUUUAAGUACAAGAUACACCGCAAAGGGUGCAUACUUUUCCUUAAAGCGUAUCGAAGGAUGGUUAAGGACCAGAGGGAGUGAAAAUGCGGUCUUCUGGUGUGAAUAUUCUAACUGAGCGAAGCUGGUGACUGCUGCCUAUAUGAGUCCCCUGUCAGAAGCCCCAGAAGUAUCGAAACAGGCGGUUCGAGCCCGCACAAUAAGAUAGGAGAAGGCCAGGAGAGGAGAAAUGAGGCAGGUCAAGAGUACUGAGGGAAGGCACAAGUUCGUGAGUCAAUUUUGUUUCUGAGACACAGGGUUGUUAAGCUUUUCACACUGCUGUUUACUGUUUUGUUUUCUUACGCAACUCCUUGUCACGGGAGAAUUUUUUCUGUAGGAGAAUGUGCUUGUGAGUCUAUUCGAUCUCUCAAACGCUGCAUUUUGUUCUCGAGUGUCUCUGUUCUUGUCGAAGCGCACUCGUAAUUUUUCUAAAGCAUGGCAGAUAUUUUGGCAGAUUGUAACCUUCAGCACCGAAUUCAGCAGAGCUAAAGUGGUUACAUUAGUCGUCACUAUUGUGCGCUCGACGAGAAGCAUAGCUAGGCAGCCGUCACGAAAUCUGUAGGCUUCGGAGUGUUCGGCUUAGCUGUCCUACCUGUUUUGCAAGAAAGAUGGCAAGAAGAAAAAAGCCUUAAACACUUUGAAUGAUUAUUUCAGAUAUCUUAAGGUUCCAUCAUUAUCCUGCAUCACGUGUGUCUUAUUUUACAAAAGGCAGCUACGCGUAAAAUGCCCAAUUUUUUAUUGACAAACACAUCUAGUCUCUUGUUACUUUGUUGGUUGUGCUGUGCUAAGAAGCUUCUCUUAUCACUUUCUCUGCAAUGCACGUCUCUGUUCCUCACACACAGCAACAUGCGAAGGAGAGCGCACAGUUCAUGUCUGCAAUGUAGCCUACGGAUUAUUUAGCCAUUAAUAGUGCUCACAGGACUCGUUCUAUUACAGGUUAGAUGUUACACCUGUUGUGUUGGUCAUCUUGUCAACUACAAUGUUUGCUCGAAAUGUUAAUGCAUUAACAUGCUGCCGUUUUAAUUCAUCCUGCAUUACUUACUAGCUCUAGUGCAAGUUAUUACUAGAAUCUCUGCUUUUUAAAAUUUAUUUUGUCACUGAACAAAUAGGUCGUGUACGACCGCUUUAUUCUUGAAGUGUAAUUGACAUCCGACUAUUUAAGAGCAGAUAAAGUAAUAUUGCCACUUGUGCUAUUCACAUUUCAAGUGACUAUUAUACUGAAAGGGGUUUUAUUUGCGAAUUACUAUAUUACAUUGUUUGUAAGACUUUUUUCUAUUGUUAAGUCUUUAGAAGUCUAUUUUACUUUUUAAAAGAAUCUUAAAGAACUUAAGUUAUUUUUGAUGUCGUUGUCAUGAUAGUAUGACACGUCGAGCUUAAGAUUGUUUUUUAUGCAGGGAAAAGUUGGUGGGUGUGUGCUAUUUUUUUUGCUUUUUUUUUUUUAGCAUGCGAAUUCCAUGCUAACAUAGUACUGGUUGUCAUUUGUAAGUCAGUAUGUUCCAUGCAGUAUAUAGCAUUACAGUAGACUGUCGUUAAUUGGCACCUGAAUGGAACACAAAAAUAUGUUCCAUUUAACGAGAGUCCCACUGAUUGAGAGAUGAACAGGGGUGAUGAACAGGGGUGUUGAAUUGAAAUGUUAGACCAUUCGUACAUACUGAGGGAGCUGUUCUAUGGAAGCAGCGAUUUCAGUUAGGUAUUUCUGGUUACUGAGAGUUUGCUUAAUAUAGUUUAUAUUGGUACAUUAUUGUACAUCAAUUGAUUCUUCCCACUUUUAUCGUGUCGUGCAAUACAUAAAUCCCAUUGCUACAACAAAGCAACCAAUGAUACAUUGUUUCAUUGUAAGUGGACUGCACUGUACUACACAUUUUUCAAACACUGACAUCUUUGUAAUGUUUAAUAAUUUUUUGUCAAGUUUAUGCUGAGAAAAAAAAAAUCAAGAUACGGAUUGAAAAGACAUCACUUCGAUGCAUGUGUUGUUAGCAAAGCAUCCGAAAAAGUUUCUUUUUUUUUUAUUCUUCUCCUAAAUGGUCUUUCUUUCUCGGCUGAAAAAUGGUUCUUGUGUGCAAAUAGCAUUGGCGGGAUGUAUUGCCAAUUGAGAUCUAAAGCAUCCGUGUUUUGAGCUCACAAGCAAAAACUGGUUUUGUUCUCAUGACAUCUGUCAUCUGUAUUUUUGUUGUGCACACUUCAUAGUUCCACGAAUGCAAGCAAAAAGCAUGAGAAAGAGAAGGGGGCGAUAUUGUGCUGGUUUACUAAUUUUAAGCCUAGGAAUAAUAUUUGUAGAAGAUUCAGGGGCCAUCAAUCAGAGGUUUGUUGAGAGUUCCUGCAGGUGCAUGAAAGUAAUGACAGCAGCUAGUGAUUUGGGAGUGAAUGUGCUUUGGCAGUGAUGUUACCCAGCUGUAUCACUCUUUCUCUCAUACCACAGGUUGAACGUUUCAUGCGUCUAGCGUUAAACGGUUUCUUGAGACAUUGUACUGUGUUUCCCAUUCACCUCAAAACUCCGACUUUUGAUUAUAAAUGUCAUUGGUGUUGUGUGGGCAGUCCCUGCCUGCGUAAAAAAUUACUGAUGAACUAACGCACGCUCUUAGUCUAAAGCACACGGUCAGCCUGAAAAUAAAGUACAAUUGUAGUGCUGCUGGAAGUUUUGCAGCGCUCCUUGGUUGCACUGAGCCAGGACACCAGCUUGUGAUUUCAACUUGAACCGAACCAAUCUCAUUUCAUUGGUAACCUAGCAUCGCUGUUGAUAAACACAACUGAUAGUCUGAGGUUUUGAUUGGCUUUAACUUCUAGACAGGUGUAUUGUCAUGAUCGAUAUAAGUUGCAACGUGGUGCCCUUAGCCGAAGAGGGGCCAACACUGCACGGCAGAGCCAACGAGAGAAAGAUUUGCGAGCUGAUUGUAGCUUCGAUUACUGGUAUUUUGUAAAGACAUUCACUGUAUCUUGGUGUUACCGUGCAGGCUUGGGGCCGUCUACUGUGGGCACUAUGUUACAGUUGAUAUUGAGCGUGACUCUACGUGACUGGCUGACGCUUUGAUUGGCAUGUGAUUGUACACGGAGUCUUGGCAUGUGUACGAAUUGUAAAGUGCAUUCUUUCUCAGUCUCCUAGUUACGAUCAACGAUGCACCAAAGUGUUUUGGAUGAAAAAAAAUCCAAAGAAAGAGAAAAGUAAACGAAACUCCCUACUCUGUCUGUCUAGUGUUACGUGCAACAUAUUUGUCUGUAAGGCACCAAGUCCACUUGGACUUGGAACCAUUGCUAAUGCAGCCCAAAGUUGUCAUUUGCUGCUCUGAUGUCGUAAGAGCAUUCUCUUCUCAUCAGAGCCUAAAGUAGUCGUACUUCGAGGAUGCUUGUCUGAUAGUAUUGUGAAUUAACAGUGUGUUAGCUCUCUCUCAUUAUAGUUGGAUAGAUAAGGUGUUUUGUUAUUUCGAUUAUAUCAGAUCUGUUUUUGUUUUUUCAAAAGCAAACACGAGCCUAGAUCCCAUUCUUAAGAAAAUAAUGUGUGUAUUGAAUGCUUGUGCCCCGUCCCGGCCUUUCCAAUCAAUAUGUCUGGGUUACUGCAUCAAUGAUGUAACAGGCUGCAUUGAUGCUAUAACUUGUAGAUGUUCUCAAUAGGACAGACCAAGCAUAUUAAGUAAGUGUGUCUUAAAAAGAAAUAUUCAAGUGGCAUCUCGAUCUGUGUGUACCGGUUAGAAAUGCAGAGGUCUCUAUUUUUCUCGCUGGAGAAAUGCGAGCCGCGAAACAUUGCUCCUUGUGAGCACCUUAUUUCGUUAUCAUUUUUGCCAUUUAGAUUUUCAAUAUAUAUUAUUUACACUUUACAAAUGCACCAAAGAAGCAAGGUAUUACAGGGCACUUUUCUAAGCUAGGGUUCUUAUUUUGUGAUACAAUUAUUUUCCAUGCCUCUAGCGGUAUUAUUCACCGUUGCAUUGACUUUUCGUGUGCGUGACUUGUCGGUGUCAUCUGGUGGCAUCACAUUUUUUUUCUCUAGCCUGUGUCAUUGCCUGUCAGAGUUGUGAGGUAAUAGGAUUAUGAGAUUAUAUUUAGUAUGUAUUCUAGGAAAUGUUGUUGAACCUAGAUUUAUAUUCAGAUGUUUAGGUCUUUACACUCGUAAGGCAGCGUAAAAUGAAGAGAACUGCGCUUAUUUAUUAGGGUUCUUCUCCAAGAAGCACUUGCUGUGACCGGCACUCCUGUUCCACAACUCUUCCUAAGGGUCAAACAUUAGUAUGCAUUAGACCUUUCAUGCAGCUGUUUUCACGCAGUACUGCUUGCCUAAAGAACUAGCUGUAUUGUUACGGUGAUAAAUGAAGUAUGUAGGUAGUAAAGCAAUUUCAGCUCUACUCUUGUGUGGAACAGCAGAUAAUGGUCUUUAAAUUUCACAUUUGAAUACAAUAGUCCCUUAAAUUAUGUGACGUGUAAUGUUUUUCUGUGUGUAUAUGUAUUACCUUUGAGUUACACUGUCCUUCUCAAAUAAGUGUCCUGCAUGUAUACGUAUAUAUUUUAUUCUCUUGAAUGAACAAAGUUGAUAGAAUGUGCCAAGGUGUGAAAUAAGUAUAAAGGAAGAGGCACAUUGCUCACGGAGCAUUCUGCCAAUGAGUACGAGAGUUGACGAUCUGGAGGUGCGUGUGAGUUCUACAUCAUUUCGUGUGGAUGUUAAUGAAACGAGUGAGUGAGCUUGAAAAACUGUCUCGCAUCCCUGUGUUACGUUGUUUUGAAUAGCAGUUGUGAGACCUGUUGUGUGGCUCCAUACAGCUCUUUCUUUGCUGCUCGUUCGAGGAUGGUGUCUGGUGGAUGUGCAAUAUUGCCUAGACUGGCAGGAAUUCAAACUCCAAUUAUUUUGAACCGACUGAAACAUUAGUUUGGCUGGCCUACGUUGUUUUCAGUGCAUUCCAAAGCCACCUCGCUGAUCCGAUGUCAAUAAUGUAUUUUCAUUUAUGCAAGCUUUCUGGUUUCUGAGUGCAAAACAAUGCGGCCACAAAAAACCUAUUAGAAAACUUGUUUAGGAUAUAAAUAGCCAAAACAUGCCCUCGUUUAGUAUAUAGGCAUCUGAUAAUACAAAUGUGAGUUGCAGGUCUAUUUGUAUAACAAGCUGUAAUUGUGGCUUGGGCCAUGCCUCAUUCAGUUUCCGAAAACCCGAGACUUGGGUAAUUCACAUUAAAGUAUGCUUCUUAGGAGUUUGAAUUGAUGUGGGUUUUUAUUAUAGUAUUAAGCGUCUGGCAUUUGUUCUUGUUGGAAGUUUCACAGAGGCAUGUGAUUGCAGGUUUUUUUUUUGCUUUUCCAAUACAAGUCUAUGUGUUAUCAAGAUCUGUUUCUAUGAGUGGAGAAAAGCAUAGGGAAUCUCAUUCUCCUUAUCAGCUGUUCUGCGGCUAGCAUACAUAUAUUAUUCAUGCAGUUUCGCAGCCUUAAUUCUUAAAUGCACAUAGCUUCCUAAACAAGGACUGCAGUAAUAUGUACAUUUCCUUAAAAUAAGUAUAUAAAUUGAGUGAUAAAUGAUUCAGUCUUCUGCAUAAUGGUGCACGCAUGCAAUUAACUUGUUAUAACAGACAAAGAAAUGUUCCUUCUGGUACAAGCCAAACAUUGCGCUAUUUUGCCUCAGUUGUGCUUACCACAUGGUGGAAGAAAGCAGUUGGAGGGCUUAGCAUGUACAAACUGCUUCAACAUAGUUCCUAUCUUCAUAUAAGAUGCUUUCACCAAUGUGAGUGUCUUCAUGUUGGUGUGAAUUCUUACUUCAUUGAGCAUUACAGGUGGCACUGUUUGUUGCUAUAGCCUGGCACAUUCGCCAGUGCACGUGCCGAAUCAAUUCCUCAAAUACCUAGUUAUCUUGGACGCACUUAACAAACUACUUGCUUUUGAAGUGUAACUCUUAUCUUGCAGAUAUAUAAAUUUUAAUAAUAUUGUUUACUGAAAUGAAAAAAAAAAAUUUCCAAUUUACCACAAUUAGUAACACGUAAAAGAAUUAUCACUCUUCAACAUCAAACAAUCAGGACGAAUGACAAGCUGAGUUGUUAAUAUGUACUACUAGUGGGCCUUGUUUUGCAGAUAUUGUAUGUCAUUUACACAAAGCUAUGUUAAUGUAUGUUGACAUAGCAGCAAGAAAGGCUGAUAUGCUUGGUUCUGUGUGCUUGCAGUCUAUGCAAGUGUUAGCACAGCAGGUACCUUGCCACAAGCAUGUCAGAGCUAGAUUUUGUCUAUUCAUCAGCUCACAUCAAGAUGAUGAAGUUUUCUAGGAGUACAAUGAGAAGCUUCUAGAGGUCUUUGUGGAAAAUAGGUGGUUGCAUACUGCAAGGAGUAGUCAUCUAUCUUGUUGUCAUGCGUCAAAUCUAAGCUAAAUUAUUCUAAGCUAGUGUUGUCUUUGGAGGCUUUACAAUAAGCAGGCAUUGUAGACUACACUCGAAUCACAGCUUAAACAUUUCUCACAUGGAAAUUCAUCUUAUUAAUGUAGCCGUAAUUACACAUUGCAAUUGUCCAUCGUAUACAUGAUCAUUUGGUGCACUUGAGGAUUAUCAAUAAUCCUGUGAAAUGGAUUCGUGCUGAUCAGCCACAUGCAAAUACUGCACAGACUACUAGUUAACCGCAAACCAUUGCUGUUCAUAGGGCAUUUCUUUCACUAGCAGUACUGAAAGAUUAAAGAGACAUUUCAGGAAAUGAUCAUAAUCCCAGCUUGCGCACACUAAAACAGGAAUAAAAAAAAAAGCUUGAAGCUACCUCUCUCGAUAUACGUUAAGCUAAUGUAAAUGCAAUCGAAAAUUGACGUUAUGCAAACAAAAUUGGCCGUAAACUGCACCCUUAGUUGCCUGUAAUGUUGGCGCAUGGUUUGGUUCUUGCCACCGUUAACUUGUUUAUAACUGGCAGCAUGUCUUUGGUGUGUAUUUGUGAGUGCAAUUUCCCAAAGUGCGAGUUGUGAUAUGUGGCGUAGUUUCGGGAAAUACUAUGGAAACGUUUGAAGCUUAAAGAUGUGUUUAAGUGUCGCGUUUGAAUAUCUAGUGGGGUGUGGGUUUUCUUGUGGUUAUAUUUGCGAUUACUGGUACAAGUGUCAUCCUUUUUGUAUGUAUACACGGCUGUUAUUAGUAUCAAUAAAGAGAAACACUACUCAACAUCC